AAUCAAACACUAAGACGUGUUUGCUUUAUGUACAUAAACUUUACUUCACUAUCAGCUAAUGUUUGUAAUUAUUUUAGGCAGUUUGCAUGCUGUAUCUCGUAUAUUACAGUCUUAAAAUAUAAUAUUUUACCACAUCAACUCUUGGAGCAAAUAGCAGUUUUUGACUUUGUUUUCUCUGGUCUGGGAGUUGGAAAAUGAUUGGAUCUCCAGUGGACUUCUCAUUUAAGCAUCUCAGUGCAGUUUCAGACACGCUCUCUGAUGAGCCCAAUCCAGGCGCUCGUCCUCUGAAGCGUAACUCAGAGCAGAAGUUCCACAGCAGAGCUCUCAGACUCAACAACAACAACAUCACAGACUUAAUAGGACUCAUGGACACCAUCUCUGGUCUUCUCGUUGAGCCGACUCGUCUGGCCUGGCUCGACCUCUCCUUCAAUGACAUUCCACACAUCGACCCAGUUCUCACUCAGCUUCGAGAUCUACGCUUGUUGUAUCUGCAUGGAAACAGUAUUUGUAAGUUAUCAGAAGUGGUUAAACUUGCGGUGUUGCCAUGUUUACACGCCAUCACACUGCACGGCAACCCCCUGGAGACCGAGCGUGAUUACAGGGCACAUGUGAUCGCCACUCUUCCUCAUCUGAAGACAAUGGAUUUCAGUGCUGUUACCAAACAGGAACGGGAGUUGGCUUCAAUUUGGCAAAAAGGCAGAAACCAACGCAAAUCCACAAGUCACAGCAAAGUGAACAGAGUCUUCCCUAUAUGACCCCUCAAGGGGCGUUCUCACUGACAGCACUUUGCAACCUGUUGAAGCGACUACCAAUGGGAGUGCAGAUAUACAAUAGGAAAGCUUAAUCGAUGUCAGUGUGAACGAGGCAUUUCUAAUUUGUUUAGGAAACAUGAAUGUGUUGUACACUUUAUAGUUGCACUUAAAUGGUUCACACAAAAAUGAUUAUUUACUCUAUUUCACAUCAUACCGACAAAUAAUUCUUCAUUUAAGUAUCAUAAAAGUGGUCCAUAUGACUAUAUUCUAAGUCUUUUGAAGCCAUACAAUAGCUUUGUGUGAAGACCAGACUGAAAUUGAUUUGACUAAUUAAAUAAUAAUCAUUCCAACUAAUUUGCAGAAGUACUGGACGUUAUAUACGUUUGGAACAACACUUGUUAGUUUGCAAUAAACGAAUACCCUCAAAAUUGAUCAUUUUUGGGUGCAAUUUUCCUUUAAAUGCUGAUCUAGAAUCCCCAUUCAAGUCUUAAACUUGGGUAAUAACACAGUAGAAUGUUUAAUACAGUUAUUCUAGCCAGUUACAGUUUUUUUUUUUUUUUGUUGCUUAAGAUGUUUCGCCAAGUUGUGGCUUCAUUAGUUGUUGAUGAAGCCACUCGGAUGAGGGGUGAAACAUCUUAAGCAAUAGCGAAACGGUCUCUAGACUAGUAAACUACAAUAAAUCAACACUUUGUCAUUGUUAAAGUCUUUAAUGCAUAAUUUCAUUCAGCAAAACAGUAUUAACAAAUUAUUGAGAUUAAAUGUUUUUUGGUACUAGCCUAAGAAAAUCAUUUCUGUAAAUCAGGUAGUAUUCCACAUGUAGGUAACAAACAAACAAACUCAAAUAAUACUAUUAGCACACUGCAAAAGAAAACAAAGUGAGUACUGGGUAUUGCAGUGCAUUUAAUCCCUUUACAAAACCUUAAAGAAAGAGAACAGUGCCUUUACAUGAUCUGUGGAGGCAAUUGUUAUACCACACUGUUUGUGAGCUUGCAUAAAUACAUAAAAACAAAAAUAAAUAGUUACACAAACAUUUUCUGUGGCAUCUUAAACUCCAUCAGCAAAGAAUGCCAGUCAUUUGAUUUCAUUGCUGCUUUACUCAUUGUCAGCACAAAAUCAAAGCAAGAUUUUUUUUUUACUAUUUUAAGACAUAAUAUUUGCUUGAACAUUUCAGUUGUAUUAUUUUGUUAAAAGUGGAACAGUCAGGGUAAAAGUGUUCCGGUUUGCUUAGCUAAAUACAAGCUACUGAUCGCGAAGCCUUACGACUAAGGCAUUAUGCAGCCAGGGGGCGCUGCAGAGCCGUUUAAUUCCCACUAAACGCAUUGUAUUAAUCGUUCAUCUCGAUUCAUUUUACACUCUGUACAUUAAAGGCAUUGACACAAAGAACAUCAUUUACAAACUAACAUCUCCCAGCAAGACAAUUCCAACCCACAACCCCUUCCAGAACCACUCUGAUUUGAAAGUAUGUUAAUUCAUAGGCCACAUUGCUCCGGCCCUUUAAGAAACUUAGUUUAACCAUGUACAUAGUGUUCGAUAUGACUGCAUGUCUGAUUUGAACAAGGGUUAUAGGAAAGGUGCACAGAAAGAGAACCCUUUUUCUCCCAUUACAGGAAUAAAAAAUGAAAAUUCUGCCAAAAAAGGUUUGGAACGACAUGAGGGUGUGUAAAUGAUGACAGAAUUUUUAUUUUUGGGUGAACUGUCCCUUUAAAAGCAAUAACAGAGCUCCUCUAGAUGAUAGGGUUUUAUAUCCUGAAUCGCAUGACCGUCAACGGCAGCAGAUCUGGAAUUUUUGAUAUUACAAGACAUAAGUUCAAAUAAUGUUUUGGCAGGGCUUGUCACCUGCCCAGUGCCAUUUACACUUCACCUCGCCAAAGUAUGUGGAACAAAUGUGCGUUUUGCAAGAGUGCCAAUUUUGCAAACAGCUAGAGGAAGAACUAUGUCUAAAAUUGUAGGAGAUCCCAUGCACCGCUUUCAGCUCUGAAUUCCUAGACUGUUGAGUAGCUGUUGGUUAGCGAUAGUCUCAAAUCUAAACCAGUCUCCCAGUCUAGAAUCAAUUUGGCAAUUUAAUAAGCUCUAGAUCUGAGCAAAUCGUGCACAGAAAACAGAGUUCUACAUGUCUAGAUUAAUUCACUCUUUGUUUGAGGCUGAAAAGCAGGUAGAAUGGGAAAUCGGAGGGUAAAUAUGACAAUAUGUGCAUUUAACUCUUGUUAGACACAAGUAUUAUUUUGGUACUUUGCCCGUAUUAAUCCAGACCCCAAUCUAGAACCACAGUGCAUACAAUUUUAGAACUGAAUCUGGAAUGAUGAACUCUAAAUCACAGUGAUUCCAGAAAUUAGUUUUUGCGUUGUUUUCUGGUAAAAAAAUAAAAAUAAAACAUUAAAACCUAAAAUCAAAAAGCAAGAUCAAUUUACUUGAGGCAAAAUUAUUUCAGACUAUAAGACUUGAAUUAAGUUUUGCUCUAACUCCAUGGCAUUUUUUCAUUAUUUAAUGUUUUAAGCAUAAAUCUCAAUUUUGUUAGAUUUAUGCUUUAAACAUAAACAAAACAAUUAGCUAAUGAAGAACAACAAACGUUUAUUAAAAACAUCAGUUACAGAGAGGCUCUUAUACUGGAAGUGAAUGGGGCCAGUUCCUAAACAUUAAAAUAAGAUUAUUUUUCAAAGGUAUUGCAUCAAGAUGUAAACAUUAAACAUGUUAACAUUAUGUUUGUGUCAUAAAAUCGUUUGCUGUCCUUAUCUAUUUAAAGUAAUAUCACUGUAAUGGCAACAAAGUUGUAAUAUUAGUGUGAUGAGGAGGAGGGUGUGGCCGAGCCGUGAGGGUGCAUGGCCGGUGCUGAAUCAGAUGAUCAGAGAGAGAGUGAGAUAAAGGGGGGCCAGAGAUGCCAGUUCGGGAGAGAGACGCACAGGGCCACGCUGCAUGUGUAUGUUUGUUUUAUGUUGAGUUUGAUAUUAAACUUUACGGUUCCUGCCUCCUCCUUGCCCAACCGUUACAAUUAGACAUAACUUUACACAGAUAUGGUUAGUAAGCCAUUUUGACACUAAAAUCAUGUUAACAUGUAUAAUGUUUAUAUCUUGUUGCUAUACUUUAAAAAUAAUAAA